AUGUCGGCUGCCGUCGCCGCUGAGGGCAGCUACGACCCCAACCACUUUACCACUGUGCGCCCGCAGCAGUCGCAGCCGCAGAGACGUACGCCGAUCGGCGCGUUGGUCAAGAACCUCUUUUGGACUCCGACCGCCGACAGCAAGGGCGACGAGCGAUCGACGUCGUCGUUGUCGUCCCACCAACGACGGCCGCAUGAUCGCCCGCGCCCGGCCUCGUCGCUCGGACUCGGACUGCAUGGGAUGGAACCAUCCUCGCGGGGCCCGGAACGACCAGCUCCUUCUUCCCAACGCGUUCAGUCCUUCCAAGUACAUACCGCCAUGAUGCCUCCCGACUACUACAACAACGCCGUCCUCGCCUCGGCAUUUGAGACGCCUGCGAUUGCGGCAGCGCCACUGGCGCACCUCUUUGCUGCAGAAGCACCCGCACCACCCGCACCUGUCGUUCGCGAGCCCACUCCUCCCAAGCUCGACCAAGCCACUGCCCGCUUGAUAGGUGUUCGGGACCGCGCAGACCUCUCGAAUGAAGAUGAACUCGACAGGGUGCUAGCCAUCGAGAACAAGAGCAAGAAACUAUGGGCAGCAGAAACGAGCCAAGCAGAGUUUAUCAUCCCAGAAGGUCUUGUCGGGCCGUACAAGCCGCCAGGCUCAUUCAUUGAGAAGACCCCACCCAGGCGACCCCCGAUCACGAUGGAGGACUAUCACUGGAAGCUGGAAAAGAAGAAGUCGGACGGACGAAAACCCGUCAUCAGCGAACUGCCGAUGCCCAAGCACCCGUUUGCCGCCAAGCAGCGCGCACACUCGUACCUGGACGGCGCCGACGGGCAGCUUAGCGACCAUAUCAACGGUCAGGCGGGACUGAAGAGCUUCUUUGGGGACGGCGCCGAGAUGGAGAUUCCAGAACUGAUGAGUCCGCGCCUGGAUGGUCCUGCACCCAAGGCGGCUACGGGCACCGAUGUCGCGAGUUCUAGGCUGGACAAGGAGAGCCGGCGGUCGCGCAAGAAGGAGAAGAAGAAGGGGCGGACGUCGUCAACCACGACGCGCACCAAGGAGAGCGUCGACGGCGUCUUGUCACCGACCACGAUGGUCCGCAUGGAGUCUGCGCGGGCCGAGGCGCUGGCCAAGCUCGAGGCAAAGACGUCCCAUCGCGAAGCGGCCAUUGUCGAGUUGAACCCCAAGCACAACUCGACGUCGACCGAAGGUAUCAAUGGCUCGUCCACCCAGAACAAGACGGCAGCCAACACCGCCAAGGGAUCCCGCCAGACGAUGGAGACUAUCCAGACGCAGUCGACGGCGUCGUUUGGUCACAUCCUCCAUGCCAACGGCGAGCCCCUCCCCAUCAACCUCCAGGUCAACCCUCUGCCCAAGAACGGCAACAUUGGCAUUGGCGUGCCACCAGGCGCAACGGCUCCGCGCAUGUUCCCGCGCCGCAUGUCCAGCGCCAACAUGCCCAACGACCGUGGCAACGCCUCGCCACUUCCCAACAUUAGCGAGCGAUCAGAGCACACCAAGCAGAGCAUGUAUUCGGACAACAGGCAGCCCUCUGAACGGGCGGGUCCUGGUUUGAGUGCCCAUGUGUCGACAGAGACCGACCGCGACGAGACACCAGGGCGGUCACCGGGUCUUCCGCCACUUCCGUUCCAAAAGCAACCUGAACCGAGCCUCGUCGACCUGCUCACGGCUGCCGGCGACACCUUCUUUGUCACUCAGGACGGCACAAUCAAGAUGGGCCAGCCCUUGCCGGCACUUUCGCAAGCCCUCGCUCAGGCGCGUGCUGUUACUCCGCGUGCCGCUACCCCACUUGCUCCCACGUCGUCCACUGUUGUGCCCGCGGUUGCGCAACAACCGUCUACCCUCCUCUCGCGGUCGGGCACCCAGCAGGGCACCAACGCGCUGUCUCCGCCUCCCCAAUUACCGCGCCUGAAUGCCACCCGGCAAGACAGCGGUGAGAGGGUCGCCACCACCGGGCCGGGCACCGAGUCCCUCGCCAACCCCGCCGCCAACGACACUUCCCUCGGUGACGACGAGCGCUCGCGCUCAUCGGCCUCGACGUACAGGGCGUCUCCGGAGGAGUGGGCUCAGGACGUUGCCGAGCAGCAAUCGGCAGCCUACUUUGACAAGUACGCGUCUACCCAAGCCCAAACAACGACGUAUGCGCGCUCGGACGCGACUGACGAAGCGACAGUCCGCGCCUUCUCUCCCCCACAGCACUACUCGCAGUUUAUGAACCAGACGGGCUUCCCCGCCGACUUGAUCCACGACCCUGCACUGCACCAGAUGUCGGGCGCGGUUCCCGGUGACCGUGGCUCCGUUGUCUCGCAGGCCGGCCAGACCGCUAUCCAAGUGGACAACAUGCUCGCCACGAGCCACUUCCACGAUGAGCGCCUGUGCCAGUAUCUCGACGCGGCCAAGCUCAACCUCAUCGGGGAGGAGGCCAAAAAGGCGCUUAUCCGCGCCGCGCGUGCUCGCAUUAUCGAGCUGCGUGACAUGCAAGGCAAGGGCCUGCCCAUUGGCCCUCACACCGCCCCGCUUGUCAUUGACAAGAAGCGCCGGCAGAAGAGGGACGGCCAGCGACGCGUGUCCGACCGCUCGGACCCUCAAUCGGGUGAGCGCAGGGCCACGCGCAAGGUGUCUGACCGUCAUGGCUCGGGCCGCAAGGUCAGCGGCAAACACUCCAAGCCCAAGGACCUCGAGAUCCAGCCACGCCGUACGGAGCGGUCUGUGCCCCAACCCCAACCACCGCAUGUGGUUGUGGGCGAGGAUGGUGACGAGGACACGGGCGACGACCUGGACUCGCACACAGGCAAAGCUAUCGUCGAGCUCACCCGCCUGCUCUCGCACCUCAUUCCCAAGGACAAGAUUGCCACCAGUGGCGACCUGCGGGAACUGCUCGACGUCGAGCGGACGGGGCGCGUCAACCACCUGACGGACGAGAUGCUCGAUCGGAUCGAGGACCACCUCUUUGAGCCCCUGCCCCGUACCCCCGUCGACCCGGUCGCACCCGGCGUCCAACUGCCACCGCUGCCAGGUAUCCCGGGCCUCAAUGCCAUGUUCAGCAAUCCGGGCGCCUACGCCCCCGCGAUGGGUAUGCCGGCGAUGCCCUCGGUCCCCAUGGGAGCGCCCUCCGCGCCGGUGUACAACUACUCACCCGACGUGCCCAACUCUGCCCAGGUGCCACUGUAUUACAACAGCCAGCCGAUGUACGCUCCUCAACCGCAAUACGCCCAGCCAGCACAGACAGCCUCAACCCAGCCCCUUCAAAGCGGUUUCAACCCCACUUUGCCGGGUAGUAACUCGCAAGCCUAUGCGUCACGAGACGUCCCAGCGACCACGCAGACUCGAGGGUCGCCUUCACAGGCGCCACUGACGCCGAGCGAGGCCGCACAGUCCAUGAGCCGCAUGCUCGACAGCUCGGUCCCCACCGACUUUGGCGAGGACCUCCAGGCCGGCCCCAACCCCACGGGAACGUACAUCCCCGGCGCGAUCCAGAGCUACACUGGCCUCCAGCUCGAUGGGCGCUUCAAGCUGAUUCUCAACAACCCGGACCCGCAGACGGAGACAAGCACUCUCCGCCACCCUUACGGCGAUGUGACCGAGGGGUCGAUCCACACACUACGCAGUGACGAGCGUCAGCGAAGCGCUACGGGUGAGAUGACGCCGAUGCAGCCUGCCACGACCCACGACGCGUGGGUGAACCGCCCCACGCGGUCUGCGAACAGUGGCGAGAACUGGGGGCCACGCAUCGACGUGCUCUCCCCUACUACGCACGUACGGUCGCAGCACACCCCAUCAACGCAGUGGCAGCCCGCACAAGCCGCCACUCAGGACGCGUCGCCGUCGCCCCCCGACUCGCUGAACCACUGGCAUGUCAGCAACAAUGCCUCGUUCGAGUCGGCGGCACCUCCCGACCUUAACCGCGACUUGCCCCCUCUCCCGGACUCGGUAUACUCACAGAACCAGACCCAAAGCCAGAACCAGUACCAGCCGCGUCCCACGUCCGCACUGCGCCACUCGGUCAGCACUCAGGGUUACGAGGAGGAGGACAACGGGCACGAGUACAUCACGCCCAACGAUGUGCUCGGCGAAUCGGACCCGUCCCUCAUGUACCAGCUGGACAAGUACGACAACAUGACCAACUCGCAGUCCUUGUCCCAGACGCAGCCGACCAUCACUGCCGAGCACCACCGGCACUCGUCGUACAGCGGCAGCGUCAACACGGCCGACUAUGUGCCCCCCUGGGACCUCGUGGCGCAGCGCUUGUACUCGUGGGCACUGGUGUGGGACGAGGAGCUGUUCCAGAACACGCUGCUGAACAUUUCACUCGGGAAGCAGCUCGAAGCCUUCCCGCUCACCGUGUUCAUGAUGGUCACGUUCAAGCGUAACCUCCAAGUGCGCAUGACCAAGACGCCGCCCCUGGCGUGCGACAAGCUCUUCGUCCCGCCCAACAUUGCCGAGGCUAUCAACGUCGCCGUCCACGCCAUGCUGUACGAUGACGCCAAGCUUAUGCUCAUGGAGCUGUGGAAGUCGUUCGGAUUCACCCAGCCGCCGCGCGUGAUCAUUUCCGUCGCCCAGCAUGGGAUUCAGAAGGGCGCGUGGCUCGCGAACCGCUACGACCUCACCACCCACCGGUGCACGUCCUACAUUGUCACUCACGCAGGCAUGCCCGAGCGCCCCAACAUUGAUGGCCGCACGUUCAUGUGGUGGCACCCCAUCAAGCGCGCGUGGCCCGAACGCAACAUUCCCGACCCCAACGAGAUGGCCCAGGUCCUCAAACCGUCCAUCCUGCCCAAAGAGUUUGCAGAGGACGUGUCGCUGCGCGCGACCGUCAUUGGGCGCAACUUGUUACUGGGCAUCCACCCAGACCACGAGCACGACCGCGGCAAGCUCCGCGAACAUAUCUGGGAAGAAGUCAAGCGCCUGCUGCUCAAGAAGAAGAUGGGCCAGCUCAUCAUCCGUUCGCCGCAAAAGCGCGUCACGCAGUAG